AUGACUUCUCAAGAAAAGAAAAAGGUUCUCGUGUUCGUGGCAAAUGGCUCAGAGGAAAUGGAAGCAGUAAUUUCAAUUGACAUUCUGCGACGCGCUCAACUUGAAGUUUCGGUGGUUGGAAUCGCGGCAGAAAAUAGUUCAUUCGUGACAUGCAGCAGAGGCGUCAAAAUUGUGCCCGAUUUUAUAAUCUCGAACGCUUUCGAUAUUGAGAAAUUAGUAUUUGAUGCAAUUGUUGUCCCCGGUGGUCUUGAGGGAGCGAAGACCAUAUCAUCAAAUCCAGAUGUUCAAAGCUUGUUGGCCUCUGCUCAUAAAUCUGGAAAAAUCGUUGCCGCAAUUUGCGCUGGUCCAUUGGCGAUAAAGACUGCAAAUAUCAAUAAAGGAGGAAUGAUUACAUCUCAUCCGGUAGCAAAGGCAGAUUUGGAGAAUGAAUACAAUUAUCAAGAAGAUCGUGUUGUGAUCGAUAAUAAUGUUAUUACCAGUCGUGGACCCGGUACUGCGUUCCUCUUUGCGUUAACCAUCGUUGAACAACUUCUGGGCAAAGAAAAGCGUGAUGAAAUCUCUCUUCCAAUGAUUCUAGCGUCAUCAUUAUAA